GGAAAAGGUGUCCCGAUUAUAUUAGAGCUUCACCACUUUCGCAGCAAGCUCGUCAACAACUCAAUUGGAUUCGCUCACGACGACAAAAUGCAACUUUCGAAAUUGGUACUGCUGCUAGCAGCUGGGGUGUCCCAGGCAGUCGCAGAUUGGUCGAUUCAUGAUGCUAGCAUAACCGUCUCUGCGAAGAAGGGCGCUGAUAACUUGAAAGAGAAGCUUGACUCACCUUUGACAAAGCCCGUACAGAUAGGAAACGGCGAUUCUUUCAAGAUUAUCCUCACAGCCAAAGACGACGGGAAGGCCAAGCGCCCGCAUCAGGCAUUCGUGCACCUGUAUAGCACCAAAACAGACCUCUCGGCUCCUUUCCCAAUGACCGUCAAGGAGAACGGAAAGGCGAUGGUGCAGAUUGCCUACAAGGACGUACCUCUGCAACUGCUCGCUCUGAAAGAGCCUAUAGCGGCCAAUAUAUUUCUCGCAUCUUUCGGCGAAUCAUCAGGUGUUAAUCUCCCGAAGUUCACCAUCAACUUUGUGCAGGACCCGAACUCGCCGCCUCCCGAGGUUGAGGCCCCUGUUCGGUACCAAAAGCAGCCAGAGAUUCACCACAUCUUCCGCCCGGACCCCAAGUCCCCGCCCAAAGUCGUGUCUCUCUUCUUUGCUGCCGCCGUGGCUGCCACGGUACCGGCCUUGUUCAUUGGCUGGACGAUGCUCGGUGUGAACCUCAACCACUUGCAGAAAGCUCUCGGCGCAGCGCCUUUGUCGCACGCCACCUUUUUCGGAUCUAUUCUGGCGAUGGAGGGUGUCUUCUUCCUAUACUACGGUGGAUGGAAUCUGUUCAAGGUCUUGCCCCUCGUUGGUGUCGUUGGCUUCACAACAUUCAUCAGUGGCACCAAGGCUUUGGGCGAGGUGCAGAGCAGGCGCUUGGCUGGUGAGAGGUAGAAUCUCAAAUGGCAGGGAGCGGAUGGAUAACAGAAAGAACGGCGGAUGGGAUGACUUCCUCCGGAUUGAUGUGAAGAUAAGAAUGAACGUUACACCUUGAAAUAAAGGGGCAUGCCGCGCACGAUGGGACCUUGGGAAUAGGUAGGUACCUACCUACCUAGGUACCUAUUUGGACCAAGCUGGGACAUUUGGGGGAAUUGGCGGGCCCAGGUGGAACGUCAUGCGAGGCGCAAGACUUGGAACUGCAUUGACUUCUGGCGAUUUUGCAAUGCAAUUUAUACUUUCUUCUAAGUUGCGCAAGUCAUAUGUCUCCGCAGCCACUUUCACGGCAUACGAUAUCGUUGAAUUGCUGUACAGUUUGUUCCAAGGCAAGCUUAGUAGUAGAUCGGGAGAUAAUCGGCCUACACAAUCAAAUUUGGAGCUUCGAACAUGGAAAGGGUCCGAUCACUUUUUAUUGACAUUGUGUUAUUUACAAUAUGCAAUGAUGUAAUACAUAGGCAC